AUAAUCCGUGUUCAGAGAGGAGUUUCAGCAGAAAACAGUUGGCAGAUCGUGAGGCGAUACAGUGACUUUGACUUGCUUAAUAAUAGCUUGCAGAUCUCAACUCUAAGUCUACCUCUUCCUCCAAAAAAAUUGAUUGGAAAUAUGGAACGUGAAUUCAUAGCUGAAAGACAGAAGGGACUCCAGGCUUAUCUUGAUGUAAUUACUAGCCAUCACAUACUGUCUAACUGUGAACUGGUAAAAAAAUUCUUGGACCCAAACAACUAUUCUGUAAACUACACUGAAAUUGCCUUACAGCAUGUUUCAAUGUAACGAUCAGAGCCAAAGUGGGAAGUGGUAGAACCCUUAAAAGAUAUAGGUUGGCGACUACGUAAGAAAUAUUUCUUAAUGAAGAUUAAGAAUCAACCAAAGGAACGGCUAAUGUUAAGCUGGGCUGAUCUUGGCCCUGAUAAAUACUUGUCUGACAAAGACUUACAGUAUGCUGUGAAACUUCUUUCUUCCUGUUCUCAUCCCUAUAUUUACAAAAUCACUUUUGCCACUGCCAAUGAAUCUUCAGCACUGGUUAUUAGACCAUUCAGUGAAAAAGGGACACUAAAGGACCUUAUUUAUAAGGCAAAGCCAAAAGACCCAUUCCUGAAGAAGUAUUGCAAUCCUAAAAAAAUUCAAGGUCUUGAACUUCAGCAAAUAAAAACAUAUGGAAGGCAAAUAUUAGAGGUAUUAAAGUUCUUGCAUGAGAAAGGAUUUCCUUACGGCCAUCUUCACUCUGCCAAUGUGAUGUUGGAUGGGGACACCUGCAAGUUACUGGAUCUAGAAAAUUCUUUGUUGGGACUUCCAUCAUUUUAUCGAUCAUACUUUUCACAGUUUCGGAAAAUUAAUACUUUAGAAGGUGUCGAUGUAUACUGCUUCGGACACUUACUGUAUGAAAUGACAUACGGAAGACCCCCAGAUACAAUUCCAGUAGACAACUUCCCUCCUGCACCGUCAGUGUUUGUUGUGUCUGUGUUGGAAUCCAUUCUGACCUGUGAAGCUAUGAAGAAUGGCAUGCCAACUGUUUCACGGCUCUUACAGAUGCCAUUAUUCAGUGAUGUCCUGCUGACAAACUCCGAGAAACCACACUUUAAGAUUCCCAGUAAACUAAAAGAAGCGUUGAAAACCUCCAAGGAAUGCAUAGAGAAGCGACUGACAGAAGAACAGAAAUUGAUUCACCAGCACCGAAGGCUGACGAGAGCCCAAUCUCAUCAUGGCUCUGAAGAAGAAAAAAAGAAAAGGAAGAUCUUAGCACGAAAAAAGUCAAAGCGUUCUGCCUAUGAAAGUGGGGAAGAACAUUCAGCAAAAUACAGCAACUCAAAUAACUCAGCAGGCUCUGGGGCGAGUUCCCCAUUAACAUCUCCAUCAUCCCCCACUCCGCCCUCUACAGCAGGAGCCUCAUCGAUACCCCCAGCACCGCCACCGCCGCCCCUGCCACCAGCAGCUCCUCCUCCGAGUACAGAGGUGCCAACGCAGCCAAGCCCGCAGCCCGAUGUCAGUGCAAGCCGAGGAGCCUUACUCAGCUCCAUUCAAAACUUUCAGAAAGGAACUCUGAAGAAAACACAGACGCGCGACCACAGCGCUCCCAGGAUCAGCUGAGGCCACUGGUCACACCAGGAUUGAAUUCCCUCUCCCUCUCCUGUGCUGUCUGGGAACAAGACCCUCCUGACCGGCGACUGAUCCACAGCAUCUAGCAGCUAAUCACGCUCUAGCUCCAUUUACCGGUUUCAGCUUUCCUUGAGUAACAGAGUGCGUUGCCCUGCUGAGAUCAGUACUCCAUUCUUCCCUCGGUUUCAAGAACUGUUCUCUAGCUACGCUUUCAGGGGUACAGGAGCUUCUAUAUAGCUGAAUAAAAAUCUGAAAAU